AUGUCUGAUAAAGAACUGGAAGUAGUCAAAGUUGCUGGAGAUAACGCUGGUGAUGGAACUAAACUGGAAGAUCAUUACUUAGAAGGGUUCAAAUUGGUUGCUUGUAUAGUCUCAAUCUUAUCAUGCUUAUUCUUAAUUGGAUUAGACCAAACUAUCGUUAUAACUUUAUUAACUACUGUUGGUAAUAAAUUUAAUUCGAUUGAUAAGAUCGGUUGGUUAUCAUCUGGGUAUUUAGUCACUGUAUGUGUAUUUGCUCCAUUCUGGGGUAAGUUCUCGAUUAGUUUUGGAAGGAAAUUUAGUAUGAUGAUUUCUAUAAUAAUAUUUGAAACUGGUUCUUUGAUUUGUGGAUUAUCAACUAGUAUGGAUAUGUUAAUUGUUGGUAGAGUAGUUGCUGGAAUUGGAGGAGGUGGAAUCCAAGCCUUAACUUUCAUUAUUGGUACUGAGGUAGUUCCUAUUCACAAACGACCAAAAAUCAUGUCAUUUGUGGGUAUCACCACUGCUAUUUCAUCUGUUUUAGGUCCGAUUAUUGGUGGUGCAUUUACUACCCAUGUUACUUGGAGAUGGAGUUUCUAUAUAAACUUACCUAUUGGAGGGUUAGCAUUAGUGUUAUUUUUCUUUUCAUUUAAUCCUCCUCCAGUACAAGGAACUUUCAAAGAGAAAAUCGGUAAGAUCGAUUUUAUUGGAACUUUAAUUGUGAUUGCUGGGCUAUUAUUAAUAUUAUUAGCUCUUACAUUUGGUUCAUCUUAUGAAUAUAACUGGAAUUCAGCAAUAGUAAUAAGUUUCUUUGUGGUUGGUGGAAUACUUUUGAUCACAUUUAUGAUUUGGAAUUACAAAUUUUCAAAACAACCAUUGAUUUUACCAGAAGUGUUAAAUGUACCUCAAGUUAAUGCAUCCGCUAUUGCUUCAUUAUUCAUGUUUGCAUAUUUCAUUUCGACUACUCUUUACCUUUCCAUCUACUUUCAACUUGUUAGAGGUAAAAGUGCCUUAGAUACCGGUUUAAAUUUAUUUCCUAUGAUUAUAUCACUUGUGGUUACUUCUAUAAUUUCAGGUAAACUUAUCAAGAAGACAUUAUCAGUUAAACCGUUUGUGAUCAUUGGGGGAAUCAUGGGCCCUAUUGCAGUUACACUUCUCACUUUAUAUGAUGAUAACACAUCUACGGGAAAGUCAAUUGGAUUACAGAUUUUAUUAGGAGUAGCUAUACGUAUGCAAUUUCAAUCAUUGAUUUUAUCAUCACAAUUAAGUGCCCCAAAUGUGCCUAGUGGAACUAUUUUAACCUUGACUUAUAUAGUUUUCGCUAGAUGUCUUGGUGGAUCUAUAGGAGCAAAUUUAUCCAAUGUUGUCUAUAAUUCAACAUUUAUCAAUACAUUCCAGGAUCGCUUAAGAAAGGAAACCAACUCCAUUAUAAUUCAGGAAUUAUUAAAUAUUAGUCCAUACAACUUACUUCAUUCCAGUACUUUACUUAAUGAAAUGUCACCAGUUACAGAAGUAUUUGUUAAAGGAUUAUACAAUAAUGCCAUUAAGAAUGUAUAUUAUUUGAAUAUUGGAUUUGCAGGUAUGACCUUAAUUGCAGGUAUUUUCACUACCAAUAAACGUAUCCCUGAUCCAACCAAGGGAGAAAGUGAAAGAAAAGCAGUUGAAAAAUUAAGAUUAGGUGCUUAG